GGUUGUCUCCUUGCGCGUCUCCAGGGCAGGGACAUGAAGGGAUGAGGCUCCCUCUGCUGGGUUUUCCUGCAGAAGUGAGGCACAGAAAUCAUCCCUGCAGAGAUGCGUGUGAUCAGUGGUGCUGCUUCACCUCGUUCAUCAUGAGGCUUAUUUAAAGCCUGAAAAACUCUUCCAGGUCCACAGCAAGCCAAGAACCUGGCGACUGCUGUUGCUGCCUGGGUUUCAUGCUGAAAGAGCUCUUUCUUGGGAUGCAAGCCAUUUAGCCACUGCUGUUGCUAUCCCUGCUUUGCUGUGGAGAACAAACUGUCCGUUGCAGCUCCACCCAAGACACGGAGGGAGAGGAUCCAGCCGCACCACGCUCUCUGCUCCAUACAAAAGCUCAGCUCCACACAGAAACAUGUCAAACACAUCACUUGGGUUUGUCAGCCUUGUUAGAGCUGUUACACUCACUCCUCUGAAAAAUCAUUGUAACAUGUUUUUAUUGUGUCUUCAAAGCGGAAGUCAAACAAGAUGCAAACUGCGAUGGUUGAAGUCAGAAUUAGUUCUGAGAACAAAACAUCCCCCAAGCGCUCGGGUACCUGCCCAUCCCACCAGAAACAUGCCAAAGGAAACGGGCCAAAGGAGCUUUUUCGAAAUUACAUAUACCUUCCCCCCCCGCUUCCUUAUAUAACCCAUGAUGAUAUAUUGGGUUUACAUGGUUUUGGUAGCAGGGGGCUGCAGAGGUGGCUUCUGUGAGCUGCUGCCCCCAUGCUGGUCAAAGCCAGCUCCAAAACAGACCCACUGCUGACCAAAGCUGAGCCCAUCAGCGACACCGCCAGCACCUCUGUGGGGACACAUGUGAGAAAGGUGCACGACAGCAGCUGUGCGAGAGGAGUGGGAGUAGAUGGGGGCGGCGGCCCUGCAGCCCCGGGCCGGGGCAGGAGGGGCAGGGGGGUCUCGGCGCCGCAGCAGCCGCUCCCCGGCGGCCCAUGGGGAGCCACGGCGGGGCGGGCUGAGCCCCGCGGGGGCGCACAGCGGGGCGCGGGGUGCGCUGCGGAGCGGCUCGCCGGGAGGGACGGGGGUGAGCCGGUUCCCUGAGCGGGCAGCCAGUUAAUCCCACGCAACCGAGUCACCCCCGAGGAGGGAACAGCCGGGAGCGCGCAGGAGGGAGCAGGGGAGCCGCUGUCGAGGAGCUUUUGCCGGCCCGUGCGUUACAUUCGCCCCGGAGAGCUUCGUUCCCUGCCCGCGGGGCUGCGGCGGCAAAGCGGCCAAACGGACCGGUGUGUGCGUGCGGCUGCCGCUGCCCCCGGGACGUUCCUGCCGGGCACGGCCCGCCUCGGCUGGGGCGCGGUGUACCGGGGCGCCCCGCCCCGUCCCCGACAGCGGCCCUGCGGGGACCCCGGCGCAGCGGCCGGUGCCGGUGGGGAGCGGAGGCGCGGCCCCUCACCGCUUCAUGCCCUGGGAGCCCAGCCCUCCGCCGCUGCCGGCCCGGGACGCGGCGCCCAGGCGGAGGCACCGGCCAGAGAUGCAUCCAGUCCUAAAGGCCUUUGUGUGUGGUUCCAUCAGUGGGACUUGCUCCACGCUCCUCUUCCAACCCCUUGACCUGCUGAAAACCCGCCUGCAAACUCUGCAGCCUGCUGUGAAUGGGCCUGGUCGUGCUGGGAUGGUAACGCUGCUCUUCAGGGUUGUUCGUACUGAGAGUCUUCUGGGGCUCUGGAAAGGUGUCUCUCCAUCCUUUGCAAGAUGUAUUCCUGGGGUUGGGAUUUACUUCAGCACUUUGUACAUGAUGAAGCAAAAGUUUCUAGUGGACCGUUCACCCACGGCCCUGGAGUCUGUCUUUCUGGGUGCCACUGCCCGCGCAGUUUCUGGGAUUUGCAUGUUGCCAGUGACUGUAGUGAAGACCCGAUACGAGAGUGGGAGAUUUGGCUAUGGGAGUGUAUAUGGAGCUCUGAAGAGUAUCUAUCAGACGGAAGGGACUCGUGGCAUGUUCAGCGGGCUCACAGCAACACUGCUGCGGGACGCACCCUUCUCUGGCAUCUACCUGAUGUUCUACACACAGACCAAAAAACUCGUGCCUCAGGACCAGCUGGAUCCGAUGCUCAUGCCCUUGCUGAAUUUUGGCUGUGGGAUCUUUGCGGGAAUCUUGGCCUCACUAGCAACGCAGCCUGCUGAUGUCGUCAAAACACACAUGCAGCUAUCGCCCCAAAAGUACCACAGGACAAGCCAGGCCAUUGCCUUCAUCUACAAGGACUUUGGGUUGGUUGGCUUUUUCCGAGGUGGUGUGCCCCGUGCCCUCAGGCGCACUCUGAUGGCAGCAAUGGCAUGGACGGUGUAUGAACAGAUGAUGGAAAAAAUGGGCUUGAAAUCCUGACUGGCUUGCACAAGAAAUGACCAGCUUCACUCCUUUUCCUGCUUGCUGUGAUCAACUGGCACUAGGAGGUUCCCAGUUCCACAGAGGAAUAAGCCUUGCUCAGGCAGGAGGAAAAAAGCCUUUCUGCGACAGGGAAUUAGGCCUUUCGGCAAGUAGAGGAAAGGAGGGAUUGGAUCUUUGCAUCAUUUGAUCAAUGCAUUCCAGAAGGACUGCACUUGCAGACUGCCACGGGAAAUGCCAGGGUUUCCACAGACUGGUAACAACGAUGCUAAGAAGCCCCUUUUUUAAAAUAGUGCUGUGCUCACCACCUUUAUGCAAUGAGACAUUGCUGAGCAAAUGUAUUCAAGAAAAACAGUGAUUGCAGAACUGCCAGCCUGUUCCUUGCUGGUCUGGCUAGGAAAGCUGCAAGGACCCACUGUGUGAUGUAGAUCCUCCUCCUUCAUAUGCUUUGUUCUUACAGGGGAACGUUGCAGACCACAGUGGGAGGCUGGAUGUGUCUCUUAAUGCUUAUAUUGCAGGAGUGGGUGGCAGAGAAAUUGAAGUACUGAAGGAAAGCUAGGAACACAGUCUCUGUCAUCAGCUUUGUACUGUGCAUGAUAGCAGAGAAGGUAACUGGAAUCUCCUUGCUGUGUCAUGUGUUACUAUGUAAUUGAGCAUCUUAACACUCUUGAAACGUGCUUCUGCCUCCACAGCACUGUUUGCACAGGAAUUAAGAAGCAUAAGGCACUUUAGAGUUGAUUGCUACCAAAGUUCUACUUGUUCUCUGAAAAACAUUUUACCUGCUGGUCUGACUAUAUCAGGAACAUUCGAGUUCUCAAGGUUGUUUGGUUUGGUUUUCUAAUUCUGUUGUACUAAAGCGUUAUUUGCUCUCUAUUAUUCAUUUGUUAAUCCCUCAUCAACAGCCUCAGUGUGAGCUUGUCCUUAGAUGUAGCUUUUAGGGUCAUAGCUCGUACAUAAUGUAUAAAUGUAUAAUGGAAGCAGAUACAGAUACACUUCAAAUUUCCCUUAAAAGCUGCUGCUGAUCACAUGUGGUGUAUCUUUGGAUUUGGAAAGACAAGACUGCUCUUUUCUGUAAGUUUUCUCCAAAGUUUAAGACCUGUGAGUGUUCGGUUGGGGACUUGUAUUCUCUUUGGGCUCCACACAGAUCCUUCACAGUGUCUUGGCUGAUCAUUUUCUCUUAGCAGGUAGUCUGUAUUGCAGAAUUCCUGAGUUUAGGCUUAAAGAUAAAUACACUUUUUUCAUCCACUGUGCCUUCUUCCUCAUUCCUACUCUGUUACACAGACCUCAUAGCAUGUGCUGUCCAAACUUAGGUACAGCCUGCUCCCCUCUUCACUUGUGCCUCUGUAGUGGCUGGCUGGGUCGGGACUUGCAGCUCUGUCGGCGUUGCCACAAAAGCUGGUUGUGGAAAUGUACAUCCUGUUCUGUAGCGUGCCUUGCAGAAAACAUAGCUUUGGCUUUUAUUUUUUAAGUAUCUAGGGAUAUUGCAGUUCACUUUAGAAAAAGAGCAGAUGUCUCUAAAUAUGAAGACAUGACACUGUAGCUUAUGAGCAACCAGUACUACCUACCUGUGGCUCAUAAAACUUAGAGUAUAAUCUGCAGAAUCACUGCCUACCCUGGCAACCGCCUGAACACAAGAGUAGAGGGGAUGUGGGUUGUAAAAGAUGUUCUGUACCAGAUUCCAACUCCAAGAAGGUUUGAUAACCGAUGAGAGAGUUAAGUCUGAGUAAAAUGUAAGGGAACAGGGUUGGAGGCUUGGAAGGUGCUGCCUGUUUUUAGCUUCAGCCCGUUUGUGAGGGGAGAUGGGCACUACACAGUGCGGGAGUCUCCAAGAAUGGUGGUUGAAGGUCCCAGGUGCACAUAGAGCACUGUAUCAAAUCAUUCCACGUUGUGACUGACAAGCUGUUAGAUUCCCUCUGCUGCUUCUCACUAUGAGGCAUGUGGACUCAUGAUUUGCCAAAUCCUAAACAUGAAGAACUGUUCCUUUUGCUGCCCCUCCUACCCUUAGUGACCUGAACUCAUGCGAGAAUGAAACAGUGGUAACUGCACAUCCUGCUGUUUGAUAUCCUAAGCACUACUAGCACAGAGAGCUGGAGAACCAAGUCUAGGGGUGCUGACCUGACAGAGUAAGGUGGCAGUUACAUGACUUAAAUUCAGGCUUACCAGUACCAUGUUGGUUUGAUCCCAUGCAUAGGGGAAAUAAGACAAAUGAGUUAUCUGGGGCUUGCUUAGUCUGGUGUGUGAGCUGGAUAUGUUGAUCAUCCUGGGCUAUGGCAGUCAAGGGCUGUGUAUGGUGACACCUGCAAAGUGCUUCAUGAAUGUUUUAGUUCCUGAUUUAGCAAUGGCAAAGCAGUGUGCAACUUGUGCGGACAGAAACUUAGGCUUUUAAAAAUGAGGCAAGCAAAGAAUGUCAGGUGGUAAAUCUUGACUUGAGUAAUGUCCUUAUCAGAAACCUGAAAUGCAGGAACACUUCAGUGGCUUUUAUGCGCUAUGCUCCUGCCUGGUCAAGUAACAAAGGAGGAACUACAGAAUUUAUUCUGGUGUGCUGGUGUUUUAAAGUCUAUUGGUGGGGUUUUUUUGUUUUGUUUUAUAUCUGGAUUCAGGCAUAAAGCAGUAUUAACUUUUCCUUUGGGAAAGUCCUUUGCAGUAGAGUGAAAAAGUGUAUGCUUUUGACUUGUGAAUUAGCCUAGGCUCCUUUGAAUUUAAGAAAUAGAGAAUCUAAACUGCACUGUGUUUUAUCAACCCUUGGUGCUGCAAAUCCAAAAACCUCUCUGUAUGUGAGCUGGGCAGAGUGAGUUUUGUGGUGCAAUUCUGUUGUUUGUUUUUCUUUUAUUAUUUCUAUUUCUCUUGUCAGGUGUCAUAUAUGGGGGAAGGGAAAGCCUGAAGUUCUGUUUCACUGUCUGCUGAAAGCUGUAUCACAUAGGCAGGCAUAAGACUCUUCUCAGCUGUGAUCCUUACCAUCCUUCACCCUUUUCCCCUUUUCAAAAACAUUCUGUUUCUAAAGUGAUUUAUUGAAGUUACUUCUUGAUAGCUAUAGCAAGUCAAGAAGUGUGCAGGCUUGAAGUUUAGAUAUAUUGCCCUUGAGGCUGUAUGCUUCUAAUUAACAACAGAUGGUCACUGUACAACCUAAAUGCAAAGUAAAUUAAAGAUCUGGACACAGCUGCUUAAUCACCUACCUGCAUCAUGCUGGCAAUCCAACACUACCGAUCCUAUCAGAUUAUCAUCUUCAAAGCCAUUUUAGCUUAGAUUCCAGAGAAGAUGGUGCAGUCCCUUCUGUAUAUGGCAGGGUUGCAAUCAGUUCCCUCUCAGAAUGACCUCUGUCGCUGGCAAUACGGUUAGCGAAUGUGCAUUCUCUCUGCUUGCCCCUGCAGCUGUGGUGUAAGAACACAACUGGUUAACACGUUGAGGCAGGCAGUAUUUGAGUUGUAAGACCACAAGAGAAAUAGUCUGAUUAUUUAUGAUUUUAGAAAUUUCAUGUUUCUUUUUUUCCUGUGCUGAUGAUUUCCACCCUGUACUGUUUAAACAGAACUGGAGCUUUGGAACAUUAAAUAGGUUUGAGUAUUUUGAGUGUUUAUGUGUCUAUAUAAAAUAUUUAUUUAAGAAGGUGUAUUCUAUGUUUCUAUUAAAAACUGGUUGCCAAAAUGAA